AUGCAAUGCUUCAAUUGUAUGUGCUGAAAUUAUUAAAAUUACAAAGUCGAUAUUUUGGACGUCAAUGGCGUAAAAAUAAUAUGUCAAUUAUGUCAGCUAUCUAUCAAAAAGUUAGACAUCGAUUAACAGAUGAUUGGGCUUAUGGAAAUGAUGUUGAUGCAUUACCAUGGCAAUUUCAAGUCGAAGAAUGUUCAUUACGUACAAAUGUUGAUCAAUUUAUUCAACGUCGUUAUUGUGAUAAUUGGAUUGAUCCAGAAUUUAAACCAGUUGAUAAUUGUCUAAUGAGUGUACUGAGUCAACCAGUACAAUUAUCUGAUGAAUUUAAACAAAACUAUGAAAAAUGGCUUGAAGAAGAAGUUUUCUCUGUACCAAUUAAUUGGUCACAAGUAUUGGCGCGUUAAUCAGUUUGUGUUUUUUUGAUUGUCAUUCUAUCUGUUGAAUGAACAAUUAGGGGAUAGCUAGCUGUCUACCCUAUCUUCUAUUUGUUCUUUAUAUAUUUAAUACUGAAUAAU